AUGUUACGCGGUGCCGCAGACGUGGAUCAUAGGCAUUUGCUGGUGAGCCGCAUCGCAGUUUCCGUUUCGCCCUACGGAGUAUCCGGCACUGGCGCGGACGCCGCAGCUCCGCCAGUGUUGGAUAUCGACUCUGCUAAUCGCCAGCGACAGUCUGAUAUCCAAGACGCUUCGGUCGCGUGCCCAAGUACGUCCAUGUGCUCGUGGUUCCUCGGUGCCGACAUCUCGACACGGACAGCCGCACAUUGCGAGAACUCCGAGCCGCCCCACUCGAUCAAGUGGCUUUGGGUGUCUGCACGUGUCGGCCUCGCUUCCGUUGGCUCUCGUCUUCCAGCCAACCACGCAGGGACGGCAGGGGCAUCUGGACCUUGA